AAUAAAUGCGAACGCCUUUGAUUUUCCGAUGUUCUUUCGCUCUGCUCUACGAAGAUAAGAAUGUAGAUCAUGUGAUUGAUCAAAUCACGAGGUACAAACAAACUUCGAAUCAAAACAAAUCACACAUCCCAUGUGAUUGGAAUCUUUUUAAAGAGGGAAUUUUUUAAAUAAAUUGACUGAACGAAUGACAACCAUAUUUGAGGACUCCGAUAACACCAAUCCACCUUCGCCUUCUUUGGAUAUAUUAGAUGCAUCCUCACUAAAACAUGAAAUAGAACCUAGAAAGGAACCAACAAGUUCUGCUACAUCUGCUGGUGUGGAUAUUAACAAUGGUACCCUCUACACUGUGGGCAGUGGUGGACAAAUUCAGCAGGUGAUUACACCAAGCGAAGCAAGUGGGUUAGCCACAGUAGCAGUGGAUGGCACUCCAUCUGAUGGCUCUCGUUAUGCAUAUUACCCUGCAGUUCAAACAUCAGAUGGUAACCAAGGAGGACCUUUCUAUGUUAUGAUGUCUCCUCAAGAUGUGAUUCCAGUCACAGGAAAUGGUGGACCAAGAAUAAUAGCGCCACGUGCACAGAACUUGACACAGUUAGGCGAUGGUACUUUCGCCGUUGAAUCUCCAGCUGACGAACCGAUGACUGUACAAUUUAGGAAGGUGGAAACUACACGUUCGUCCAGGGAUGAAAGAAGACGAGCUACACAUAAUGAAGUGGAAAGACGAAGGAGGGACAAGAUCAAUACGUGGAUAAUGAAGAUAGCUGCUGUUAUACCUGACUGUCAGAUGGACCAAUCAAAACAAGGCACCAGCAAGGGAGGAGUACUUUCCAAAGCUCUUGAUCAUAUAAUUAAGUUACGAGGAGAUAACGACCGUUUGCGGGAGACAAUUAAGGAACAAGAACGAAUCCUCGUCGAAAAUCAGGUGUUACGGCAGCAAGUAGAAAAAUUACGACAAGAUAACGCUAUUUUACAAGCGAAUCUACAGUUGCGACAGACUGAAAAUUUAGAAGAACAUGAAUCCAAAACAUUAGAAAGUGAUUAGAUAUAAUCUCGAAGAAAAAGUGCUGACAUUGCGCAAAAAGAAUACAGUCAGUUGUGUUAAUUUUUACAAGUAGAUGGUUAGAUUAAAUUGUGAUCAUGUGAGGUCAACUUGCCUCCCAUGUCAAAGUCAUCACUAUGCACCAUGUGUAGUAAAAAAGGAAUUUUGUACCUUAUUUUUAAGAUGUGGUUUUACCCACCUAAAAUAUGAGUAGCUGUAAAUAAAUUUAUGUCAUAUUUCGUCGAAAUUUGUGAUAAACAGUUUCGCAGAAUAAAACUUCGUCGAUCUA